AUGACGCUCCAGGGCGAUCACACCGAGGGCAACCCGUUCUCCCCCGACGCGUACAUGGUCGGCGGGUACGGCAAAGUCAAGCAAGACACGAACCCGAAGAUCGUCCUCGGGCAAAACACGCAGUUCACGAAGCAGUUCCGCGGCUACUCCUCCUACGGCGUCGACGCCGCCUCCGCCCCGACGAAGCUCGGGUCCAACCCGUUCACGAUGGUCGUCGUCGUCGCGAACGUCGCGCAGGAGAUGCCCAUCCAUCGCGUCUGGUCCGACGCCAAGAUCGAGCUCGAGUCCGCGCCCGCCGCGACGUUCACCGCGUUCAUUCCGUUCACGCUCGGCACGCCGCGCGGCAGCGGCGGCCUCAGCGCGGGGCCCACGGGCACCGAGGUGGUGCUCCCCAACUCGGCGUCCAAGGAGCAGCUCACCGUCGUGUGCACGACGGGGAACGAUCUCCCGACGACGCCGACGCCCAACUCGGCGAACGCGUGCAAGUUCACGAAGGAGCUGAAGGUUGGGUACUGGAUCGUGCUCGACAAGAACACGGUCGGCGGCGUGCCGACGCCGAUUCAUCGCGUCAUCACGUCGAUCAAGUCGGACACGGAGCUCACCGUGGACGCCGACUUCACCCUCUCCAACGCCACCGUCACGAGCAGCCUGUCGCACUCCGGCUCGGUGAUCGCCGCGCCCGGGGACUGGACGUACGUGGCGUGCCCGCCGCGCAUCGGGAAACGCGCCACCGGCGUGGGCUUCAUCGAGUCGCACCCGGAUCAGUCCUCGGAUUUCAAAAACUCGGGCGCGAUCGCGACGGGACGGAGCGACGACUCCAUCUACCGCGCGUCCGGCGCGGCGACGCUCAAGAAGCACCGCAUCGUCGGACGAGGCACGCGCUUCGAGACGCAGAUGGGGAAGACGUCGCACUGGGCGAAGGCUGAGACGGGCGGAUACUUUGGCGAAGGCCCUUGGAUGUCCGUGCAGAUCAACGGCGACUGGGAGACGGUCAAGGUGGACAACCUCGUACGCCGAGUACAUCCUCGAAAACUCCUUCUCCGAGCCUUUGCUCAAGGCGACGCACUUCCACUGGUACACGAUGCUCACGAAGGGUACGGCCGCGUGCGGUCCUACGGCAAACGCGUCGUCUCGAACAUGUGGUCCAACACCGAGUUCUCCAACACCGCGGGCGAGGGCACGACGGAGGGAUUGUACGGGAACACGAGGUUUCUCACGGAGCUUCGCACCGGCUUCACGAUCACCGCGUGCGGGCAGACGAGGAUGGUGAACUCGAUCCAAUCCGACGUCGAGCUCACGAUCGACCGACCGUUCACGCUCGGCAACCGCGAGUUCAUCGCACACACCGGGUCGACGGCGAAAGCGGACGACCUGUACGUCCGCGGUCUGACCCGCCUCAUGCCGCUCUGGCCGCGCGGGGUCACGGUGCAGAUCAUCGUCACGAAGGCCACCUCGGGCGCGACCCCGAAGUUCAAGUACCACGUGUGGUGGAAGACGUUCAAGCACACGGACGACGGCGACGGAAACAGCGCGGACGACCAGUGCACGAAAGCGAUGAUCACCGCGGACACGGACUGCGGCAUCGCGAUGCAGUGGAGCACGUGGUUCCAGCUCAAAGACGCGGAGCUCCAGAAGGAGUUUGGCGUGUACAUCAAGUGGAACAAGAUCGCCAUGGGCGCGGGCUCGGUGGCGACGCCGAGGUUUGUAAAGUUUGACCAGUGGAAGAUCCACGUCGCGGACAUCGAGAACUGCGAGUACUGGAUCUCCACCGAGGGCGAGCGCUUCAUCACGGACGACAACGCGAACCCGCCGGUGUGCUACAACUACGGCAAGUGCCUCCCGAUCACGACGGACGCGACCACGCCCGCCGCCGCGGAGAGACGCCCGCAGAUGAACGCCCCCGGCCUCGUGCAGUACGACGUCUCCACGUUCAAGCUCACCGCCGCGCAGGACCCUGCGGACGGGAACCGCAACGCGAAGUUCACCUCGGACGUGGACCCGGGAGACAUCGUUCGCCUCAUGGUGGACGGCGCCGGCACCGACGGCGAGGGCGACGGCAAGUGGAAGGACAUCCGCGUCGCGCGCAUCGUCUCCGACA